UUAUUCUUUAUCAAAAGUAACAGUUUGUUGUUGUUUUACUUUUCAUCUCAUUCUUUCCCAUUCUCAACCUAAUUUAGUACUAUUAGUAGAUAAAAAGCCCUGGGGGAGGGUGAAAAGAGAGAGAGAGAAAAUUGUAAAAUUGUUUUAUUAAUUUUGAGGAGGUUCUGAAUAAUUAUAAGAAAAUGUUACGCCAAAGGAUAAAUCAGUCUGAAUCCAGGUCUCAACAACGUCCAUCAAACUCAUCGUAUUCAACAGAUUCCAAGAAAAAGAUGGACACCAAAUACUCAAAAAAGUCUCGUUUCAAUUUGUGUUAUCUUGUCAUUUCCUUUUUCUGUUUAGUUUUUUUCAUCGCUUAUAUUGUUGUUCCAAUUGUCUUUAAAUUAACUCCAUCGGUACGAAGACAUCUUCUUUUCAUGAAUUAUGUCAACUUCCAGAUGAACAUGAACCUGAGUAAUCCUGAAAGUGAAUAUAAACUAAAGUGUACUCACACUUUCCAUGUUGAUUCAGGUGAUGGUUUGUCCCUUGGUGUUUGGCACGUACUUCCAGGUAGUUUGGUUGAUAAAUAUUGUCCAACCGGUUCUGGUUCCGUUGAUUUAAGAAAUGUUGAUCCAUCGCAAUUGUUUAACGAUGAUAAACCAAUUUUCCUUUACUCUCAUGGUAACGGUGGAACCAGAGGAGGAAAUCACCGACUUGGCCUUUAUAAACUCUUGGCCUAUGGUCCAUUGGAUGCUCAUGUUAUCACCUAUGAUUACAGAGGGUACGGAGAUUCAAGUUCAGUUGAUCCCUCGGUUCCAGGACUUGUCGAUGAUGCUUUUCACAUGUACCAAUGGUUAUCGAGUAAAGUUAAUCACAGUCGAAUCAAUGUUUGGGGCCAUUCCCUUGGAACCGCAGUUUCGGUUGCUUUGGUUAAAAGGAUUUCCAACUCAUCUCCACCCAAUUCCCUGACAUUGGAAGCUCCUUUCAACGAUAUCGUUGAAGCGAUCAGUGAAUAUCCAUUAGCAAUUAUCUACAAAAUCUAUCCACUGUUUGAUUAUUUCUUCAUUGAACCAUUCCGUCAACCAGAAUUUCAAUUGUUCAACAGUCAGGUGAACAUUAAAGAAAUUAAAGUUCCAACUCUGAUUCUCCAUGCUAAAGAUGAUGCCAUUGUACCUUUCAAAUUGGGAUUCAGAUUAUAUAAAAGUGCACUUGAAGCUUCAAACAAUCAACCAGAUUAUCUUAAGCCAGUGAUGAUUAUCUACAGAGAGGAUCAUGGAUUAGGACAUAAAAAUAUUUACAAAGAGCCAACGUUAACCAAAGUGAUUGGAAAAUUUAUCUCUCAUCUUGAAAUUGAACAAACAUUUAUAUGAGAUGAUUAAUGUUAAUUAUUUACAAAAUUUUUCUCUCAAUUAAUUAACUGUUAACACAUAUAAGAGGAAAACUUAUUUUCCACAACCUAAGAUAAUCUUUCUUACUAUAGUUAAUUAUAUUAUCACAAUUAGCGACUCACUCAAGCUAAACAUUGACGAUUAAUUUAAAUGGUUGUAAUCAUUGAUUGUCCAAGUCCAAUUAUUUAUCAAAUUGAUUAUAUUUCAUCAAUUAUAUUGUACAAUUUGUUAAAUUUUUUUCUUCCAUUCGUCAAUUGAAAAUGUUCAUCAUCAUCAUCAAAUUUGAUCCUCCAUUAAUUUUACAACAAUCAACAUCAAUUUUUAAUUAUCUUAAUCAUAUAUACACAACUAUUAUUGUAAUACUUUCAUAAAUAUAUAUUUAAAUAUAUUUAUUCAAUUGUUUCCUUAAGUUAAAGAGGAAAAACUAUUUUCUAAUUUGUAUGUCACAAUCAAGAAUCAAUAUUGUUAAUCAAAUUGAUUUAAUAUCGUUAUUGUUAGAUUAUAAUAAUAUAAAUCAACCUUGACUCUAAAAUAAAGUUGACAAUUAAUGUUUACAA